AUGCCUUGCAACCUAUUCCAAGUCGAUGGCAUGGUCGUCGUCAUUACCGGUGCUGGUACUGGCAUCGGACUAAUGAUGGCAGCUACCCUCGAAAACAACGGAGCCAUCGUUUACAUUACCGGACGGAGAAAAGAUGUCCUCGAAGAAGCCGCAAAAGAACACAACCGAUUCGGCAAUUUGAUUCCCCUUCCCGGAGAUGUGACUGACCGCGAGAGUCUCCUCGCGAUGGUUGAAGUCGUGAAGGCACGACACGGCUACAUCGAUCUGCUCGUUAACAAUGCAGGAAUCGCCAAGAACCUCCCUCCCUCUAUCAAGUCUUUCCAGUCUGCUCUGUGGAAUACGGGCUCGCCUGAAGAUUUUGCAUCUGUCUUUGCGACCAACACGACAGCGGUGUAUUACACAACCGUCGCGUUUCUUGACCUUCUCCAUCAAGGCAACCUCCGUCAGCAAGCGGCGAGCUUUGACCCGUUCAGUCAUUGUCAGCCUCCGUACCACUCCUCCCAAGUAAUCUCAAUAUCGUCGUCUGGCUCCUUCCGGAUAGACCCAAAAAUCCUCUCAAUGUCGUACACGCUGUCAAAAUCGGCGUGCACACACCUUGGAAAAGUGAUGGCAAAUCUAUUGGCCCCCUGGGGAAUUCGUAGCAAUGUUCUAGCUCCUGGUGUUUUCCCUAGUGAAAUGACAACGUCACCUGUUACGGAUAUGGGCUACAGACUGGAUCCUAGUGUGCUGUGCAAUGAUGUGCCACUAAAACGUGCUGGAUCAGAAGAGGAUAUGGCUGGUGCUAUAUUAUUCCUGGGUAGUCGUGCGGGCGCCUAUAUGAACGGAAGUGUGUUCCUGGCAGAUGGGGGCCGUGCGAAUGCUUACCGGGGCGGCAAUGCGGCUUGUUUCUAA